GUGUCAAUUUCGUACGGUAAUGAGCGGUUGUGGUGUUUUUGUAUUAGAAUUAAUAAUUGAUAAUAAAACGAUCAUGUUAAACAAAGUGCUAAAUAAAUAAAUUGUACAAAAUAAGCCAAUUACAAUAAAUAAUAAUAUUUGUUAUCUAUAAUAAUAUUCUGUAAGCUAACAUUUUUAAUUUAAUAGUGAAAGAUGGACGGAAAUCUCAGCCUGUGUUAGUUUAGCGUAUCGUUUUGUUGCUGUUCAAAAAAAUAAUAAUAUGAACUAUUUAAGUACAGGAGAAAAGUGAAGAUUCCACAGUGUUUUAUGAUCAAAUGCAGUUAUGGCUAGCGAUGAGUCCAGUGUGCGAGUUGCAGUCAGAAUCCGCCCACAAACGCCAGCGGAAGUGGUCGACGGCUGCGGCGUGUGCGCGAGGGCGGGCGGCGCGGCUGGCGACGGAGGCAUCGCGCUCGGCUCGGAGCGCGCCUUCACCUUCGACUACACGUUCGAGCCGAGCGCGGACCAGCAGCAGGUGUAUGACACCUGUGUUAGGAAGCUGGUGGAGGCCGCGCUUGACGGGUACAAUGCCACGGUGCUCGCAUACGGACAGACCGGGUCUGGAAAAACUUACACAAUGGGAAGUGGGUGGGAGGGGGAACACGUAGACGAAGAUAAAAGAGGCAUCAUUCCUCGCGCGAUACGUGACCUGUUCGCUGGAGCGGACGAGAGAGCGGACGCGGCGCGCUCCCAGGGCCAGCUGCCGCCAGAGUUCUCCGUCCAAGCGCAAUUCAUCGAGCUCUACAAUGAGGAUAUUGUGGACUUGCUCGAUCCUGCCAAAGAUCCCUUUGCUAAGGGUACCCUAAGGAUAACCGAAGAUGGCUGCGGCGGUGUCCGAAUAGUAGGCGCGUCGAUGCGAGCUGUUAGAGGAGUAAAGGAAGCUCUUGGCGCUUUAAGAGCUGGAGCUUUAGCGCGUACCACCGCAGCAACUAACAUGAACUCCUCAUCUUCCCGGUCACACGCAGUCUUUACAUUGUUGCUUAGACAGAGACGGCUAGCGGCGGAUCUGGAAGGGGCAGAAAGAGAAACAGAUGGUGAAACGCCUGAACAGUAUGAAACGCUGACUGCUAAGUUUCAUUUUGUGGAUUUGGCUGGCUCAGAACGACUUAAAAGAACAGGUGCCACUGGAGAAAGAGCGAAGGAAGGGAUAUCAAUAAACUGCGGUCUACUAGCGCUGGGCAACGUCAUAUCGGCUUUAGGGGAUAAGUCAAGAAAAGUUCUCCACGUCCCUUAUCGGGACUCCAAGUUGACGAGAUUAUUACAGGAUUCAUUAGGAGGUAACAGUAACACAGUCAUGAUAGCGUGCGUGUCGCCCAGCGACAGAGAUUUCAUGGAGACGCUCAAUACGCUCAAAUACGCAAACCGAGCGAGAAACAUCAAGAACCGUUGCGUCGUCAACCAGGACCUCACCUCGCGAACCAUCAACCAACUCAGGCAUGAGGUUGCCAGGUUGCAGCUUGAAUUGGCUGAAUAUAAACAGGGUAAACGUGUAGUAUCAGAAAAUGGCGAGGAAGGUUGGAGCGACGUGGUACAAGAGAACGCAAUCCUCAACGUAGAAGUGGAAACCCUCAGGCGAAGGAUCAAGGCCAUGCAAGAUACCAUAGAGAAGUUGUCUGCUAGAAAUAGUGAACUGAUUGCUGAGAAGGCCUUAGGAACUUGGGCUCCGAAGGACGGCAGUCCAGAUGCUUCGGAUUGCUCUUUGACAACUUUAGUGCAGGGAUACGUAGCUGAAAUCGAAGACCUCCGAGCACGGUUAAUGGAAGCUAACGCGUUGUACGAGACGAACAGAAGAAGAGAGGCGCGGACCAGACAUGACUCGUCUUUGUUAGACACCUCCUCCAUACUGGACGAAGCCAAACGGGAGUUAUAUAAGGAAAAAGAACUUUUGGCUCGAAGCAUGGGCGAGCUGGAGUUCCAACGAAAACUGAAUGAAGGUUCUGGGACGAUCCUGGCGGAGAGAGAACGCGCAGAAGGGGAAAGUGCGGGUGACUCGGAUCCUUCGGAUAAUGACGAUCAAAAUGAAAGUGACUCGGACGAAGAGGAGGAGGAAGCUAAAGGUCAACGCAUGCUAACCGCCCAGCUGGAAGCUCUCAGCGAGGACAUAGCAACGAAGGACCGUUUAGUGGAACAGCUAGAAAUGUCGCAGCGCAGGCUGGCGUCGCUGCGCACGCACUACGAGCAGCGCUUGGAACAGUUACACGCACAGAUUAAAGCUACGGGAGAGGAAAGGGAUAAAGUACUCGCUUCAUUAGCAACUCAAUCGUCCCAGCCAAGUGACAAACUGAAACGCGUAAAGGAUGAAUACGAGCGUCGAGUGAGCACAAUGUCUCGAGAGCUAAGGCGGCUACAAGCGGCUCAAAGAGAGCAUGCCAGACUACAGCGCUCGCAGCAACACACGGAACAACAGAUACGCGCGCUCAGAAACGAACUCGGCACUUUGAAGAGAGAUAAGGUGAACCUAAUCAAACGCAUGCGCACGGAGUCUAAACGACACGCGCAAGCAGAGGCGGCGCGAGCUAAAGAAGUGGCGCAGCUGCGGAAAGAAUCUCGAAAAAAUGCCAAUCUAAUCAGGAGUCUUGAAGCUGAGACCAGAUUGAAGGAACAGGUACUAAAGCGCAAGCAAGAAGAAGUGUCAUUGUUAAGGCGAGGGCAUCGCGACAAACUUAGCAAUCGAGCUGCGGGCCGAUUAUACGACCGUCGCGGUCGGUCUCGAACGUCCAGGCUAGAACUAUGGUCCCACCUCAACUGCUGGCUGUCCCGCGCCUGCGCCGCGCGCUGCACCCUGGGCGAGCUGGAAGCCACCCUGGAACAUCAGCUCAGACAGAGGGACCGCGCCACUGGAUCCAAUGACCCUGACUCCAAAGUCUUGCUUAGUUACCUGAGAGAUGCUAUUGCUGAUACGCAGUCACAGAUCAUGCAAAUUGAGGAAGAGAAUGAAGAGACCGAGUUACCUCGACUGUUAGAGAAGGUCGAUGGUGAAGGUGCACGCUACGCGAUGGAACAGCUCGCGAAGGCAGCGCUACAGAACGCGUAUGAAGCCGCGAGAAAUAUGAAGGCGCUUGGCGACACAAGGGCGCAGCUUGCUGAGCUAGAAGAGAAAUCGGAGAGAACAGCGAGCGCGCUAAGAGCAGCGGAAGACCAGAACCUCAAUCCUUGGGCAGUCCCCCCUGCGCUGGCCGCCUUACUGGCCAACGUCUCCUCCGGAACCUCCACCCGAUCAGUCUCGCCUGUCGACGUUAACCUGUUGGACGUGCGGCCGCCUGUAUUAGGAAAACGGGAGUCGAACACCGCCCCUACUUCGCCUCCAGACGAUAUCCGGAAUUCACCUUUCCAUCGAAAUACCGGCCGUCGCGGCUCUGUUCGUCUACGUGACUUGGGCGUGUACGGUCGGGAAGAGAACGGCGACGGAGGAGUAGACCCCAUGACGCAGUCUCUGGUGGAGCCCACGAGCCCCAAGCCAGUGCCGCUCAGCCGAGUGCCCAGCGCUCCCGGCAGCCUCAGGGGUCUACAACCAGUGGGCGGGCUAGUAUCGCCGGUCGCCGCGCGUCGCAUGCCCGAGAGUCCCCGCGUGAUGCGACGACAACACAGCCUCGCCAAGCCAGCCUCAUUGGAGCCCGGGGGUGAGGCCACGCCACCUGCGUCGCCUAGCGCGGCGAGGAGGGCCAGAGACGACGAUGUGUUUCUGCGACUGACUGGCGCCGCGCCGGAGAACGCACCUCAGGGCACUGUCAAGGAAGUCAUACCCAAGCGCCCAAAUUUCGUCGGGAGCAACGUAAGCGGCGGCAGUUCGUGGCUGCAGUGCACUCACGUCGCCGAGGGCCACUUGGGCGCUGCGCAAGCGCUUGCCGCCACGCCGCAUGCGCUGUACAGCGGGGGAGUCGAUCGAACGGUCCGCAGCUGGGACCUGUCGGGCGGGAGGGAAGCGUGGCGAGCGUGCUGCGCAGGCGCCGUGGCUGCGCUCGCCGCUGACUCGCGCGUCGUGCUCGCCGCCACCGGCGCCGCUGUCAAGCUGUUUGAUACCAGGACUGGGAAUGGGUCAAGUGCUGUUCUAUGGCCUUCAGGAGCCGCGGGUCAAAACGCAACAGCUGUGACGGCUAUGUCUCUAGCUUCCGCGACCCGCUUGUAUACUGCCGCUGGGGACAAAUUGCGUCUCUGGGAUUUGCGCAUGUUGGAAUGCGUGUACAAGGCUUGGUCGGGGCACGCGGCGGCGGUCAUGUGCCUGGCCCGCGAGCCGCUGCCGUCGGGGGACCGCCUCGCGACCGGCUCGCGCGACCACUGCGUGCGCGUGCUGGACUUGCAGCAUAACAAUGGGACCUGGGAGGCAUGCAAUCGCCGACAGCUGGAGCCGCCGCACUACGACGGCGUGCAAGCUGUCUACCUGCGCGGCAACUUCCUCUACAGCGCCUCGCGUGACUCCAGCCUCAAAUGCUGGUCUCUGACGGAUAACACGCUCACACAUAGCGUGAUGAACGCCCACAAAGGAUGGGUGACGGGACUAUGCGCAGUGGGCACGGGGCUGGCGAGCUGUGGCCGGGACCAGGCGCUACGUCUCUGGAGCGGGACCCUGCGUCCCGCCGCCCCGCCCGCGUCACUGCCCGACGUUCCGCACGCACUCGCCGCGUGUCCCGCCACGCACACGCUCUACACGGCCGGCAGCGGCGGCGAAGUGCGCGCGUGGCGGCUGGUCUCCGAGCCCUGAGCGACACAGUAAUGGUCUCGUUCGCCGCUGGCGCGUGCGCGCGCCCACCGCGCGGUGACGGUCGCCCGCGGCGCCGCCCUUGCCGCGCCGCGCCUGGCGGUGACCCGCGACCAAUCACAGCUCGGACACACCGCUACACUUAGAUCUCAUCCAAUCGAGAGACACGCCUCAACCCUUGACGACCGAACGCCCGCGUAGUAACAGCGUCUGUUAAAAGGUUAAACGUCGAUACACAUGCAUCAGCACGUAACGUGGAUACCCAGCAAUACCACUAGUAAUAUCUACCGGCAGAUGGCUGACAGAAACACAGACAAAUUAGAAAGCGCUCGCAAUUACUUUAAGUUUUUUGGUAUUUUUUCAUGGCAUCUUUAGGUGAUCGUAGAUACAAUGACAAAUCCAUCGUUCACUUAUAUCGUAGAAAAAUUGAUAACUCGGAACUAAUUCGAUUAAUUUGUCAUUCAUAUUGUUGUUGUAAUUAAAGUUACAAUUUUAAUACCCAAUUUACCCUGGACAUCUUUGGGUUGAAAGUACUAGUAUGAACUGGUAAAACUAGACUGCCCUUGUGUAAACAGCUAUCAUGGCCAACCCACCACUAAAAACAGGUCUCUGAGAAUGAGAAGGCUUUAGGCCAUAGUCACCACGCUGGCUCGUGGAUUGGCAGAAUUCAGACAGAUUUGGAAGGUUCCCUAACCAUGUUUUCCUUCAUCGUUAAAGCAAGCGAUAUAUAUUAUUUUAGUUGCUUAUUCAUAAUUGCUGUGAUUUAUCAGUACCUAAUUGCAACCCCAUAAUCUGACAUGAAGUAAACAUUAAACACCUGUGUAGUGUGUACACUGUACAGUAUUUGAAAAUGAUUCAAUAUUCAACAACAUACAACCCCUCUUUCAAAUAACAGGUAUUUUAAGCUCCUCAAUAUGAUUGACCUAGAUAGGACCGUGAAAGAAAAUUGACACUAAUCUUAAUAUCUUAACUCCUUUAUCGAUAUGAAUUGGACAAUAGGUUUGAUCGACAAUAUUCUGAAUUAGCUGAUUAUAUUAAGCGAUAAGCCGCGUAGAUUAGUAUUGGCCGUUUUUUUUUUGUUUUUGGUAACAAGUAUACGUUUCACAAUCAAAAAUGGUUGAUUCCUUAAAUAUUUCAAAAGUUAAACUUUCUUGAAAUAAAAUAUGUAAGUAUACGAUUGUCUCACAGUAUUAUUCUACAAGACAAAUCAACUAUCUUCAUUCAUUUUUCGAAAUGAUUAAGAUAGCAAGACAUUUAAAAGUGCAAGAAAGACAAAUUUCCAGCACAUUAGAAUAUUAUAUACACACUCAUCCAUUCCGCAUACUAUGGCCAUAUGUCUUUAUAAUUUAUAACAUAUCAUAUCGUUUUUUAAUCGUGAAAAUGACAAAAAGGAUUGCUUACAGUAAGAGAACCUCAAAGAAGGUAUAUCUAGAUAGUAAUUAAUUUCUUUCCAAUAUGAUGGACUACGAGUAUGUAAUAGUUAAGACUGUAUACCAAUAGUUUUAGAAGUAUUAAAAUCACAAUAAAUGGCCUUCAUAUAGAUAAUAAGUUGUUAUAGGUAUUAACCAAAUGCUUUAGCUUUAUGUUAUUAGAUUUCUGGUCAAAACAUUUUUAGCCAAUUUUUUCACACCACAAGGUUUUGGCUUGCGCAAAUAGAUUUUGGUUAGAGUAUUUUACAUUUUUAUAUCAAGCCAAUGCUUUAUCGUCAAAUCCGACGCACACAAUAAAAAAAUGAAAUAAUAUUCGGUUUUUAAUCAUUUUAGGAAAUUAUUUUACUAUUUUAUUUUUUAUUUUUAAGACAGUAGUUUAGUAUGCAGUUUAUUGUAUAAGUAACUAAGUUUGCUAAUAAAUGGGCUCAAUUUAUUUUUAUUUCAAUAAGUUUUACAAGUCGUCAAUCUAUAUUAUUAUAAUAUAAUAAUGUAAUAAAGGAAUUAAUCAUUGACGCAUAUAUUGUCAUUAUCAUUAAUUAAUCAAAUAGUCUGUGAUUAAUCAAUCAAUUAUAUUUUUGUACAUUCCUGUGCUACGGGUACGGUUGUAACAAUUCGUGUAUUCAUAGUUUUAUUUUUGAAUCGCUCAUUAGUCAAUUUAAGCAGAAAAAGAAUAUUAUGAAAUUUAUACUUUGUAAAUUACCUACUGAAAAUCUGUAACUUACAUUCUCCUGUUUAUUUAUCAUUUUGCUAUUUCCUUAUUUUUAUAAUUCUUGAAACUAUACCUGGCUAUGAUUUUAUUGUUUUUACAUUAAUGAAUUUAUAUCUCUCCUUUGCAGUAUUAAAUGUACCUUACUUGAUGUUUUUCGAAUACCUAUUUAGUUAACUUUCUGAAAUGUUAUUUCGAGUCUGAAACUAGCUGCUGUCCUUUUCACAAUGUUUCGUGCGGAAAAGGAUAGCACUAGGAUUCGUCUUGUUCAUUUUAAAAUUGGUGUUCUAUUGAAUAGGCUAAUCAUUUAGGGGUUUACUUAUGGCGUACCUAUUUGAGGCUAUGAGAAAGCUUAUUAACAAUUUUAUAGAAAUGUUUAUAUAAUGUUACAGUAGGGAUUAUAUGCUAGGACUUAUUUUUCGCGUAACUAGAGACGCUUUGAGCUUUCUCUGAGUGCACGGAUUUUUUGUUUAACUCGUGCCAAUAAAGAAACGAAUCAAAAUCAUUCCGUUUCAUUCUCACAAGGUAUGAGAUUCAGCGUGUAAGUGAGAGGGAAUGAUUAACUUUUCGAUUCGUUUCUCUAUUGGCGCGAUUUUUUUUAAAUACACAUUGACCCAACGCGCUUGGUCAACGCUUGGCGUUAUUUGCUCCGUGCGGCCAACGCUUGCCGAAUUUUGUGAGUGUUCACAUAAACAUAGAAGGAAUCUUGGCGCAAUUCGCUAACGGUUUUUACGCAUUGGCUGUCAAUCGCCAAGCUUAUGUGCAUUGGACUAUUAAGUACUGGAGCCGUUAUGACGAGCGCAAUUUUAAUAAAUUAAGUGUGUAUUUGUGUGUUGUAAUAUUUUUUAUUAAAAUGUUCUUAGAAUUUAAUCGCAGGCGAAAUUAGUAAUCUAUCUGUAAUCUGUC